UGUAAAUGAGAUAUUGGAGUGUGUCAUGGUAUCCUCUCACCUUAACGAAUGAUCAGCUUUUCCACAAUAUACUGUUGAGUUAUAUAUUAAUACCUCAGCCGGUCGCCGUCCGCAAGUCUACCUCACCCAUUUCCUGUCAUAUCAUCGGGAGCAUUCUUCUUGUAGCACACUGAACAGUUACCUUACCUUAGUACCUACCACAACAUAGGGACUAAAGUCAACAACAUGGCUGCUCAAGAGCAACACCCCAAGAUCAAGCUCGUACGCAUUGCUCACGUGUACUACACUCAUGUCGACCUCGACCAGGCACGUCAGUUCCUCCUCGACUUCGGCUUCACGGUGGCCGAGGACCGCGGCGACAACAUCUUCUUCAAGGGUUAUGGCACGGAACCUUUCGUGUACUGCGCCACCAAAGGCCCGGCCAAUGAAUUCGGCGGUGCGGGCUUCGUCGUCGAGUCCAUGGCCGACCUGGAGCUAGCUUCCAAGACUCUCCCCAAGGCGACUGCCAUCGAGGACCUCAACGCGCCCGGUGGCGGCAAGCGAGUCACAUUCAGAGAUCCCGUCGACGACUACCCCUUCCAUCUAGUCUACGGCCAGACCCCGGUCGAGAAAUCGGCCCAUCUGCCCGAGCUCGAGUACAACUAUCCCGAGACCAAGCAUCGCGCCGUCAACAGGACGCAGAGGUUCAAGAAGGGGCCCGCACCCGUCCACAAGCUGGGCCACUUCGGGUGCUGCAUCACCGACUUUGCCAAGGCUUUUGAGUUCUACACCACGCGCUUCAACCUCAAGCCGAGCGACGUGAUUCAUGACGCCAGCGGCAAGGACUUCACGACAUUCCUCCAUCUGGACAGGGGGAUGGAACAGGUGGACCAUCACACGUUCUUCUUCUUUGAAGGACCCAAGUAUCAUGUCCACCACUCAAGUUUCGAGGUGCAUGAUUUUGAUAUCCAGUCGCUGGGCCAUCAGUGGCUGCGUGACAAAGGCUACGACCUCGUCUGGGGUGUUGGAAGACAUGUUCUCGGGUCGCAGAUUUUUGACUACUGGUAUGAUCGCUCAGGUUUUGUCCUGGAGCACUAUGUUGAUGGCGAUCUGGUUGAUGAGACGACGCCGAUCCACAGAUCAGAAGCUGGCCCAGACAGUUUGCACGUUUGGGGGCCUCCCUUGCCGCCCACGUUUUUGCAAUGAGAAUGGGGCUCGAGUGUCUGGAUAUUUGAUUCGUCACUAGCGUGCUACAUGAGUAGUCUAACUAGUUAGUUAGGGAAAUGACUCCUGGCACGAAAUGGGGUUCUUUGUUCAUUGUUGUAAACAAAUCUCUAGCCUGAAAGGAGUAACGGAUUGACGAGUACUGUCUCUUAGCAGUUAGUUAGUCUUGAAUAAUAAGGAGUUCCGUUAUGUACUGCCA